UUUUAUUGUUAACAUACCUAGGUUCCUGCCUGGAGGAUUUGGUGAUCCCCUGCUACUAGACACGGAAGCCUGUUAAGCGAAAGCUUCUUCUAUUCCGUCCACAACCAUUUAAACCAUCUGAACAGUACCGCGGACUCCUCAACUUAGCUGGUACGAGCUUAUCUAAUCUAUCUUCCUACCUGGAUUUUCACUUGUAGCACUUCUAGUUUACUUUAGCAGUAAUUCUAGUUGUGUAUCUCCUACAUAUUCAGUGCAUUUUUUCUACCGAAUUCAUCUAUAGUAUUCAUUAUGUGUUCUGCUUCUAAAGACGUUGGAUGUAACGGUACAAGAGUGCAAUACCAGUAACAAGUUGACUUGUUACCGACAUUACACUUUUUUCAUUGAAGUUGAGUUUAUAAAUCUUCGUAAAGUUGGGAAAACUGAUUAAUCCAAACUGAGAGAAGCAACGAACUCCGAUUAACUUUACACUUAAAUGAAAAGAUCACUAACAUUCACAUAUGGAUGACACAUGCAGUAUUGUUAUUGAGGAUUUGGCAAAUACACAUAACGUGAAACCGGAAUCAGUGGAAACAUGGUUAGCACCAUUUGGUGUUGUUAAAUCUAUAUCUAUUUACCGACGUGUGAUCUUCGUGGAGUUCGAAAGUCCUUCAGCGGCGGAAAAUGUCAUAACUAGUGAAAAUGGGAAGAUGUUUCAGAAUAGUUAUGUGUCCAUACGAAGUCCGCAACCAUGGGACAUGAUGGUUGCUGGAGAUCUUGUUACUAAAUACGAGGUGCCAACUUCAUCUGAAGCCAAUAAAGAAGCUGAAGUGGAAGUAAAAGACGAAAAUGCAUCUAAUGGCAAUGUUCAUACGGAGGUUGAGGAGGUAAAAAAAUUAAUCACACAUAUAAAAUAUUUGGAUAAAGAUGAACUCUGGACGUUGUAUAAUGCAUUACAAGAUAUGCGAAAUGAAAGGGGAGCGAAGACUAAAGUUAAAACUCUUCCUUCUGGUCGACCUUGGCUUGAUUCAAUAGGCAAAACUCUAUUCACUGAAAGAACUGAAACAUUGCACAAAUUAGAAUUAGAAGAUAGUAAAAUAAAUCGUCGUCGUUUUAUUCAAUGUGACAAACUAUACACUGAAGCCAGUAACGAAUGUGAAAAAGCAUGGUUCAAUACAAUUGACCAAGAAAUUAAUACGUGUAAUGCUCCUAUACUUCCGGAGGGUAUGUUUUUUUUGUUGUAAACAGUGACUUAAAAUUUGAAAAACAUUCGACCAUUUUUUUACUAGAAAAUAUUUUCUCACUCACUUCAAAUUAAGUUAUGCUAGCAAGCAAUCAAAUUGUUAUGUUCUGCUACUGGUAAAUAUGAUCCUGCUCGCGAACUCAACUUGUUACUCAAGUGAGAACAUUCAGAGUGAAACAUAUGAACAACAUAUCGUUCCCACCAGUAGUAGCAGCCCCUCAACCUCAGAUAAAUGGGCCUGUAUAUGAUUCCACAGGAUUUCUGAUGCCAUAUCCCAAUCAUUUUCCUUCAGAUACUUGCUAUAAUGAAUAUUCUGCUGUAUAAUAUAUGUUAACCAAAUAUAUACAUACUU